CAGUGAAUGGCGAGAUGAGAGAUCAAACCAGUGAAACUGCGGCAUUCCUGUUUAUCGGACAUUAAUACCAACGCGUCGUUGAAGAGAUAUCUUACAACGUUAUCUAAAAGUAUAUUUUAUUCGCUUGUGAAUUAAGGUCUCGUGCUGAUGAGCGUGACGCGACACGACACUUCUUCAAUUUUCUUCUGAAGGAACUUCACGAGCGCUGUUUCCGGUCUCUCAGUGUUCACCAUGGCAACCGUCGCUCAAACUAAAGAGCUGUUCCGCCGCGCGGAGGCGGUGUGUUUCGAUGUUGACAGCACCGUGAUCCGCGAGGAGGGCAUCGACGAGCUCGCCAAAUUCUGCGGCGUCGGUGACGCAGUCACUGAAAUGACCCGUAAGGCCAUGGGGGGAUCUGUGUCAUUUAAAACAGCUCUGAGUGAGCGCCUGUCCAUUAUAAAGUGCUCAAGGGAACAAGUCAACAAACUGAUAACUGAUCACCCCCCUCAACUCACGCCAGGGAUUAAGGAGCUUGUUGAGAAGCUUUAUCAGCGUAACGUGAAGGUGUUCCUCAUCUCAGGCGGCUUCCGCUGCAUUGUUGAACACGUGGCGUCGCAGCUCAACAUUCCUCUGCACCACGUCUAUGCAAACCGCUUGAAGUUUUACUUUAAUGGGGAAUACGCAGGAUUCGAUGAGUCUCAGCCCACAGCGGAGUCGGGCGGGAAAGGGAAAGUCAUCAAUAUGCUGAAGGAACAGUACGGCUUUGACAGUGUGGUGAUGAUUGGAGACGGAGCUACUGAUCUUGAGGCCUGUCCACCUGCUAGUGCGUUCAUUGGAUUCGGUGGAAACGUGGUGCGGCAGCAGGUGAAGGAGAAGUCCUCGUGGUACGUCACGAGUUUUGAGGAGGUGCUAGAAGAACUUGAGAAGAUUUAACAAUGACUGCUCCCAUUCUGAAGUGAACAUAAAAGAGUAUAACAUACUUGAUCUAUGGUACUAGCGUUGGGCCUUUACUAGUUUACAUAAUGCACAUUUUGUGUGUUUUUAAAUAUGCUGUUGUUUACAUAGAGCGUACUGUGCAGGUAACACUAAACCACAGAUCACAUGUCAAUUUGCAUUUGCAUGUAGUGUGAGGCUAUGAUAGAAACUUUAUUUUCUUGCUAAUUAUUAUUUAAAAACGAAUGUUUUUCUUAUAGGUGCAAUACGCAUAUUUGUGCAUACAUUUGU